UUCCGUAUGGGUCCCAAGAGGUCCUACUACGCAGCUCCCUUGCCUUUUCCAUUUUUGCUUCACUUGGGACCGUAGUAGGACCUUAUCAGACGGUCCUUUGCCUAAGAUCACCCACACUGUAUCCGUCCCCUUUGCUCCGUUGACUCGUAGUUUCCACGACUCUGCCACCAUUGACCUAUCCCUUUUCCCUUCCCCUCUCCUAUCACUGAAAAAUAAAGCCUCCCCCCAUUUCUCAUUUGCUCUCUCUCUCUCUCAUGGCUGCUCCUCCCUCUUCUUUUCUUCUUCUCAUCUAAUUUUUGUUUUCCUUUUCUUUUUCAAUGGAUCGAAGUUUUCUGCCAGUUUUUGCUGCAAUUUUAAGCAUCUUUUUUGUAUCUUUAAUCUUAGCUUUCAUUAUCAUAAUAUGCAAAUCAACCAAAAAAGGCACCCGCCCAAGCCCAACUGAAACCCCUAACCCUCCCGAUCUCACCACAUAUGACAGCGCCGCCUUUGACCCGUCUCUCAACCGUCUCGACAUGGCGGAACUCGCUGCCGUCACCAAGAACUUCUCCUCCGACCUCAUCAUCGGCGACGGCAGCUUCGGCUACGUUUACAAAGCUACUCUCUCUAACGGAGUCACCGUCGCUAUUAAAAAGCUCGACCCGAAUGCUUUUCAGGGGCUCCGAGAGUUUCGAGCUGAGAUGGAAACCCUAGGUAAGCUUCGUCACGAAAAUAUUGUUAAGAUUCUCGGGUUUUGCUCGUCGGGUCCUGAUCGGGUUUUGAUUUAUGAGUUAAUUGAGAGAGGGAGUUUGGACCAAUGGUUGUACGAUGAGGAACAGGAAAACUCGGUUAGCCCUUUAACGUUAUCUUGGGAUACGAGGAAGAAGAUAGUUAUUGGUAUAGCUAAUGGGCUGGCUUAUUUACAUGGCCUUGAUACGCCCAUUAUCCAUAGAGAUAUUAAGGCUAGCAACGUCUUGUUGGAUUCCGAUUUCGAGGCCCAUAUUGCCGAUUUCGGGCUCGCUCGACAAGUCCAAGAGGCCCAUACACACGUGUCCACGCAGGUUGCCGGGACAAUGGGUUACAUGCCACCUGAGUACCGAGAAGGAAACACAGCAGCGACGGUUAUGGCGGAUGUUUAUAGUUUCGGAAUAUUGAUGAUCGAGAUUGCCACGCAAAGCCGCCCCAAUUGGCCCGUGAGGUUCGAGGGUAAAGAUGUAGGACUAGUGGAGUGGGCUAGAAAAAUGGUGGCCGAAAAUCGACAAAUAGAAAUGGUAUAUGAAAAGAUUCCAAGGACAGGGUUAAUUGAAGAUGAGGUUAAAGAGUAUUUCCGGAUUGCAUGUACGUGUACUAAUGAGCUAUCCAAAGAAAGGCCUGCCAUGAAUCAGGUUGUUGAGAUGUUGAGUCAGAUUUCAACAUGAAAAACGAUGAUAGUAGGUAACAUUUUUUUCUUUUUCUAACCGUUCAUAAGAAUGUUGUAUUAGUUUGUUCGUGAUCAUAUCUUCCAUGGGGGUGAGAUCAUGUGAAAUGCGUAAAUAACUUGUAAGCGUUUAGGCAAAUAGCCAAUCCUUUUAAUCUAUUGGUUGGGAAAAUUUUCCCCAAGUUGAUGUUUGUGAUUCAGCAUUUAUAGAUGGAAUCCUUACUAAAAAAAAAAAAAAAAAUCCCUCGUUUAUGAAUUUUGGGUUUAACCAUUGGAUAACAUAUGUACUUAUUUUUGCAUUCAAGGAUGAAAGAAUCAAACUUUGAUUAUUGGCUACAAUACAUGCUACGGUACUCCAUUUUCAAAGCAGCAAAAAUUCUUGCACUGCCCAGGGCAGUUUAACUGUUCAUUUGUAUUUUCAGUUCAAUUGUGCUAUUCUUGAAUUCCUGACAUCUGUUCACUUCAUUGCUUAACCAAAACAAUUUGUGUUAAUUUUAGCCACCUUAUAUCUAUUUUAUACUCGACACUAGGCUUCGCUUUAACAUUAAUUUGCAUUAUCAUCACUUUUAAAAUAAUCCAUCAUUUGAGCAACAUCCAUUCCAAAACUCUCUUCUUCUAUUAGAUUAGCCUUCCUUCAUUCUUCGUUCAAGUUCAAACCCUUAAAAAUUUAAUGAAUUUAAUUACUAAAUCUAAAACACUUAAACAAACUCAUUACAAAAAAUAAAAAGAGGGUUUUGAUAUCAUAGAAAACGUGGGCCGUGUGUGUUGAGAUCAAAGUGCACGAAGAAUACUUCUUUUCUUCAUGCUACUAAGAAAUCUUCAUCUUCCUAUAAUUAGGCGUAGCAUCUGUUGGGGUAAGGAUGUGGUGCUCAAAGGUUGUGCUGAUUAGCUUAUUGGUAGUGGUCACACAACUUCCCUUUGGCAUGAUAAAUGGUUGUGUAAUAAAUCACUUGCGGAUUUCUCUAAGCUGAUUAUUGAUGAGCAUUUGGGAAGUCAGAUGGUAAAUGGUUAGUAAAUUCAUUGAUAGCAAUGGCCAAUGGGAUCGGUCUCGGUUACAAUUCCUUCCUAAGGAGAUGCUGGACAUUCUCUUGCUUAUUCAUCUGAUGUCAGGCAAGAUAAGAAUGACCAACUUUUUGGUCUGGUGCCUCUAAUGGUACGUUUUCGAUCCCUUCAGCACAUCAUUUACUUUUAUCCUCCUCCCCAUCAACUUUUUGGUUAGAAUAAACUUUGGAAGUUGAUGUUCCUCCCAGGAUUCCAUUUUUUCUAGGUUAGUUGCUCAUAAUAGAAUCCUCACCAGAGAGUCCUGGUUUGCAAGGAAAACUGCUCCUUCCUCUCAAUGUCCUCGAUGUGGUGCGCUUACUGAGAGUGUGCUGCAUCUAUUACGUGAUUGUCGAGUUAAAAUCUAUUUGGGCUCUUUGGUUGCAGGGUUCUCAUUUCGUUGCCUUUGGAUGGUUGAGGUUUAAUGUUGAUAUAGGACGAAGCUUAUGGUACAGGGUGAUAUCCCUUGACUUCUGUGUUUUGGAUUUGCGUGCUGGCAUGUGUGGAAAUUUCCAAAUAGGCGUGUUUGAGAUAU